UUUUUUUGCUUAAUACUUUAUAAGGAUAAAUGACUACAAUGUGUAUGGGAUGAAACAAAGUGACUAAACAUUGUGUAGAUGUACAGGAGUAGUAAUUGAUGAUCUGUCUUUUUAGGUUCUCCUUAUUACGACAAUGUCCGCCCGCUCUCAUACCCGGACUCUGAUGCCGUCUUGAUAUGUUUUGACAUCAGCCGUCCUGAAACACUGGAUAGCGUACUUAAAAAGUGGAAAGGUGAAAUUCAGGAGUUCUGCCCCAAUACAAAAAUGCUGCUGGUUGGCUGCAAGUCUGAUUUACGAACUGACCUCACAACACUAGUGGAAUUGUCCAACCACAGGCAGACGCCGGUGUCUUAUGAUCAGGGCGCCAAUAUGGCCAAGCAAAUUGGAGCAGCCACUUACAUUGAAUGCUCAGCCUUACAGUCGGAGAACAGUGUGAGGGACAUUUUCCAUGUAGCCACACUGGCAUGCGUCAACAAGUCAAACAAAAAUCUCAAACGGAAUAAAACCCAGAGAACCACAAAAAGAAUUUCCCACAUGCCAAGCAGACCAGAGCUGACUGCAGUGGCCACAGACUUAAGAAAGGACAAAGCUAAAAGCUGCAGCAUAAUGUGA